UUCCCCUCCGCGUCCAUGGUCUCGGCGCGCGGUAUCGGAACUGACGGAUGCUCCUAAUCUCGGCCGUUUAGUAAACUUUCAGUUCGAACCCAUAGCUGACGGUUUCAAGGGCCGUUGGUGGAAAAAUUUUGAUCGCUGUUGGACAGAAAGCGGAGCUGAGUUGAUACAAACGACGUCUCAUAGGCGCGCUUAUUCACUCGCUUUUCUUCGUUCGGGAUCUACGAGUAGGACAUUAACAAGAGUUUAUUGAGCAGACAGCAUGGAGGAAAAAGGAACGACGAUUCGACCGAUGCGUGAGCAGGACAAGGAAGGCGUGACUGAGUUGCGUAGAAGUUAUGGCCAACAACUGGGCAUCGGGGCACUGGACGCGCUGACCAAGUACGACCCGGACUGUAUCUACGUCGCAGUCACCGAGGAUGGUCAGGUGCUGGGCAGUUGCGCCGUCGUGGACCUGCACCCCGACCUAGCGUACGUGAUGAUGCACGCGGUUCGCGCCGAGCUCCAGAAGUCGGGGCUCGCCACCAGGCUCUGGCAGGAGGCCGUCGAGCAGCGCCUCGGUGCCGACAGAAACGCGUUCCUCAUCUGCGGUGGAUUCCACGUGGCCAUGUACUACCGGCGCUUCGGCUUCGAGUGCGUAUCGCCGCAGACCAUUCGCUACAUUCGGCCGGGACCCGCCGACAUCUCCUCGCUGACCCAGAGCGUGGAGGGCGUGCAGGUGGAGGCUGUACAGGUGCAAGACGACUCCGAGACGGUGUCCGCCAUCGCCGACUACGACGCCACCGUGUUUGGCUUCCACAGGAAACGUUUCAUGGGUCUUGUUCUGGCCGAAAAGGGCAAUGCCGUAGUGGUAGCGCGACGAGACGAUCAGAACCGGUCGGUGGUAGGCUACGGAGUGGUCAGCACGGACAUUAGCGGCCGUGCCCUACUGAGGAUUGUGUACGCGAACGAAGAGGCCAUCGCCGAGUGCAUCGUGUACCGCUUGCUCGAGGCGUACGGGCCAUUUCACAAGAAGGGUCUCACGGGUCUACUGCUGGCAGGAGCCGGGGAAGGGCACGGCAUCGGCCACAAGAUGGCGCUUGAGACCGUACCCUACGUGAACAUCCUGUACCGUCGACACGAGCCUAACACGUGCGACUACGGGAAGCAGUUUGUGGUGCCAGUGUAGAACCGUCUGUAAUGGACUGAUGUACGAUCGUCAGACUAUGAGCUAUUUUUUAAGCGCCAAAGUAGUCUACGGGCCUGUUAUCCACACAACUGCUCAAAAUACAGAAACACGUUG